AUCUGUGAAAGGUCUGGGUCAGGCCAGAUCCCCCCAGCCUGGACAUGGCAGACACACGCUGCUGCUCCAGUGCGGCCCUGAGGAGGAGGCUACCCGUCCUGGCCUGGCUGUCCAACUACUCUCUGCGGUGGCUGAGAAUGGACAUCAUCGCUGGACUCUCCGUGGGUCUCACCGUCAUCCCCCAGGCCCUGGCCUAUGCAGAAGUGGCUGGACUCCCGCCCCAGUACGGUCUCUACUCUGCCUUCAUGGGGUGCUUCGUGUACUUCGUCCUGGGCACCUCCCGGGACGUGACUCUGGGCCCCACGGCUAUCAUGUCUCUCCUGGUAUCCUACUACACCUUCCGUGAGCCUGCCUAUGCCGUGCUGCUUGCCUUCCUGUCUGGGUGUAUCCAGUUGGCCAUGGGGCUCCUGCAUUUGGGGUUCCUGCUGGACUUCAUCUCCUGCCCUGUCAUUAAAGGCUUCACAUCCGCUGCCAGCAUCACAAUUGGCUUUGGACAGGUCAAGAACCUGCUGGGAUUGCAGAACAUUCCCCGGCAGUUCUUCCUCCAGGUGUACCACACCUUCCUCCACAUCGGAGAGACCAGGGUGGGCGAUGCCAUCCUGGGACUGGUCUGCAUGGUGCUGCUGCUUGUGCUGAAGCUUAUGCGUGAACACAUGCCUCCUCCCCGUCCUGAGAUGCCCCUUGGCGUGAAGUUCAGCCGUGGGCUAGUGUGGACCAUCACAACAGCUCGCAACGCCUUGGUGGUCUCCUUCGCGGCCCUGAUUGCUUACGCCUUUGAGGUGACAGGAUCCCACCCGUUCAUUCUGACUGGAAAGAUCGCCCAGGGGCUCUCUCCUGUGAGGAUGCCGCCCUUCUCAGUGACCACAGACAAUAAGACCAUCUCUUUCUCUGAGAUGGUGCAGGACAUGGGGGUCGGACUGGCUGUGGUGCCUCUGAUGGGCCUCCUGGAGAGCAUUGCUGUGGCCAAAUCCUUCGCCUCUCAGAAUAAUUACCGCAUUGAUGCCAACCAGGAGCUGCUGGCCAUCGGCCUCACCAAUGUGCUGGGCUCCCUAGUCUCGUCUUACCCGGUCACUGGCAGCUUUGGGCGGACAGCAGUGAAUGCCCAGACGGGGGUUUGUACCCCGGCAGGAGGCCUGGUGACUGGUGUCCUGGUGCUGCUGUCUCUGGACUACCUGACCUUACUGUUCUACUAUAUCCCCAAGUCUGCACUGGCUGCCGUCAUCAUCAUGGCUGUGGCCCCGCUCUUUGACGUCAAGAUCUUCAGGAGGCUCUGGCUUGUUCAGAGGCUGGAUCUGUUACCACUCUGCGUGACAUUCCUGCUGUCCUUCUGGGAGAUCCAAUACGGCAUCCUGGCAGGGACCCUGGUGUCUUUGCUCAUUCUCCUGCACUCUGUAGCUAGACCCAAAACCCAGGUGUCAGAAGGACAGAUUCUUGUUCUCCAGCCGGCCAGCGGCCUGCACUUCCCUGCAGUUGAUGCCCUCCGAGAGGCAAUGACGAAGAGGGCCCUGGAAGCAUCCCCACCACGUUCCGCGGUUCUGGAGUGCACGCAUGUCAGCAAUAUAGACUACACCGUGAUUUUGGGACUCAGUGAGCUCCUGGAGGACUUCCAGAAGAAAGGUGUCACCCUGGCCUUUGUUGGCCUACAGGUGCCUGUGCUCCGCACACUCUUGGCUGCUGACCUCAAGGGUUUCCGGUACUUCACCACUCUGGAGGAGGCAGAGAAAUCCCUGCAGCAGGAACCAGGGACUCAGCCUUACAGCAUCCGUGAAGACACUGCCUCAGAGCACAGGAGCUCCCUACUGAAGUCUCCCUCGGGCCCCUGAACGGCAGCUGGUAUAGGAAGGGUCUCCGGAAGGUUCUGUCGCUGUGACUUGGUGUCACCUGAUAGACUCACCAACCUGGAGGGACUGAAAUGGCUCUGGGGAAGAGCAGGGAGCCAUGUGUGAUUCCGGGGUGUCCCCUAGGUGUGAGUAUUUGAGGGCUGGGGUGGCUGGACAGUCUUCCAGAGAGAGAGAGAGAGACCAAGAAAGAUGGGGAAUCAUGUCUUCUGGCCUGGGCUGGCAGGGUAAGCUGGCAUUUUCCAGAUCUCAAGUCCUUCUUUGGAAUCAGACCCUACCAGAGAAGAGUCAGAGAGACCGGGCAUCUCAGAGAUGUGUCUGACCAUGGCGUGAAGACGAACCUGAGCUGAAGAGGCGACCACAGUGUGCCACACAAGGUCAAUUCUGUUUAAAAUCACGUGUUUUGAAAUGGAAGUCACUCUGGUGUUUUUGUAAAGCAAUACGAACACUAAUGCUUGUUUUUUU